AGCUCAGAGACAAUCUCCGCCAUUUCUAUACUGAGACUAACUGAAGCGAACUAUAGCUUCAUAUCAUUUCUUUCGCUGUUUAACAGAAUCUGCAGAGGUAAAAAACAAACCCUUGACGAAAAAUGUCCAUAGCCAUAGCUUCAUCUCAACAGAGCUUCCUAUUUAACGCCGUUACUUUACCCCACAACAAACCCAAAACAAAGCUUCUCAACGCCGUCAACAUCGUCUACUGUGAACACCCACAAGACAACCACGAAAACUUCUCCAGGAAAAAUGAGAAUAAAUUGGCGAAGAUAGCGAUUGUGGCAAUUGCAGCUGGGGUGCUGACUCUGGGCUCAGUUGGGGAUGCAUCAGCCGCCAAGAGUGGUGGUAGAGUUGGUGGCCAAGCGUUCAGAUCAUCAGCUCCUCGUUCAUCUCCAAGAGUCAAUAACUAUUCCAGGACCAAUAUUUAUGUAAAUCCACCGGUUGCUCCUCCGUUAGUGGGAGGAUAUGGGUACGGGUUCGGUGUGCCAUUUUACGGAGGCUGGGGUUGGUCCCCGUUUUCAUUCUUUGCACCUGGUCCUAGUGUUGCCAUUGGCAUUGGAGGUGGUUUUGAAACCAUAGCUCUGUUCUUGUUUCUUGGUGCUGCAGCUGCUGUUGUGAGGAGAUUCCUUGGGUCCAGAGUUGAUCAAGAUGAUGAUUACUAGACAAUAUACAAAUAUAAGGAGAGAAGAAAAGAACAGUUUUUUAUACUCUUAGAAACUUUUGUUGGCUGUAAUUUCAAGAUCCAUUUUAUGUACUGCUUGUAAUUACUAUUUGAAUAAAACAUAUAAUUUAACCAA